AAUCAUUUUGUGUUCAUAUUUCGUCAAUCAAAAUCAAACCGAUUACACGUUUCAUGGAAAUUGGGUCUUUCGCAUUUCUUUCAACCGAAGGUUUUUCUUAUAACAACGGUGGCACCAGCGACGGCGGCAACUUUUCUUGGUUUCAAGAUAUGGAAAAUGGGUUCAAUGGGAAUGACAAGAAAAGGGGUAGAAAAGAUAGCGAAGAAUACUUGGUCAAUGGAGCAAAACAAGAGCAGCAUCAAUGGUUCACUGAUUCUAAUCAAGAAAGAGCAGUUUCCGAAGCUAAUUACAAGGAUGAAUUUCAAGAAAUGAAUGAUUAUUUCGACCAGAUUCAAAGCCAUUACACUGAAAUGAAUGAAUUGGAUGAUUCCCGGAACAAACGCGCGCAUAAAUCCAGCUCCCCUGUUGCUAAUACUGCCACAGCAGCGGUGGUUUCAGCUCGUAAUUCAGACAAUGCGGGACCGUCGCAGUCCGUCGGCGGAUCGGGUCACCAGAGGCGAUUAUGGGUAAAAGAUCGAUCAAAGGACUGGUGGGAUAAAUGUAAUCACCCGGAUUUCUCAGACGAGGGGUUCAAACGCGCGUUUCGGAUGAGCAAAGCUACGUUCGACAUGAUUUGCAAGGAGUUGGAACCCGCGGUGAUGAAAAAGAACACGAUGCUCCGCGACGCCAUCCCGGUUCGUCAACGCGUCGCUGUCUGUAUUUGGCGGCUGGCAACCGGCGAGCCGCUUAGGAUGGUGUCGAAGCGGUUCGGGCUGGGGAUCUCAACUUGCCAUAAACUGGUACUGGAGGUCUGCACCGCCAUCAGAACCGUCUUAUUGCCCAAAUUCGUCCAAUGGCCCGACGACAACAAGCUGAAGAAAAUCAAAGACGAAUUCGAAUCCGCCACCGGGAUACCAAACGUCGGCGGAGCAAUCUACACCACCCACCUCCCGAUCAUCGCACCGAAAGCCAACGCCGCCGCAUAUUUCAACAAAAAACACACGGAAAGAAGCCAAAAAAACUCGUAUUCAAUCACGCUUCAAGGAAUCGUCGACAAAAACGGCGUCUUCAGCGACGUAUGCAUCGGGUGGCCGGGUUCGAUGUCGGACGAACAAAUUCUAGAAAAAUCGGCGUUUUAUCAGAAUGCGACAAAGGGACACGUGAAGGAUACAUGGUUGGUGGGAAGCAAAGUGUAUCCAUUAAUGGACUGUGUUUUGGUACCUUACAGCCACCAGAAUCUAACAUGGGCUCAACACGCACUGAAUGAGAAAAUCGGAGAGAUUGAAAAAGUAGGUAAAGAAGCAUUCGGGAGAUUGAAAGGGAGAUGGUCGUGUUUGCAGAAGAGAAGUGAAGUUAAGCUUCAAGAAUUGCCGGUUGUUCUUGGAGCUUGCUGCGUUUUGCACAAUAUUUGUGAGAUUAGGAAUGAAGGAAUGGAAGAUGAGCUUAAGUUUGAGGUUUUUGACGAUGAAGUCAUCCCAGACAAUGAUCUCCGAUCUAUGGCUGCCGUACAGGCUAGGGAUCAAAUAGCUCACAAUUUGCUUCACCGUGGCCUUGCUGGCACUGCUUUUCUAUAGUACUUUCAUUCAUGUUUU